ACGCACGUCACGUCCGGCCCGGCCCCUGCCCGCCCUCCGCCCUCCGCGCUCCUCUCUCCUCCCGCUCGCCGUUAGGGAGGCUCUGCGCUUCAGCCGCUGCCUCUGUCGCCGCUCCCGCCCCCUCUUCCGCGUCUCCGCCGCUGCCACCGCCGGGGACAUCCGGGGGUCGCUUAUCGGGCUGGCCCCGCGCCUCAGCCGUCCCUUCAGCCUCCUGCCAGCUGCCGCCGCAGGAAGAGGCUCGCCGGCCGCGGAGCCUCCCGGGGCCUCAGUUCUCGCCGUUUUUUCGUUGCCGGGGGUCCUGGAGAAGCGGCCGCGGCCGGGGAACGGGACGUCGCGGUUCCAACGAUUAACUGCUGAAGUACUGAUCGAGUUCUGCGUUUCUUCAAUGAGGAACUACAGGCUGAUCUUCUGCCAUAAUCUCAAACAGCCAUAAAUGACAAAAGAAUGCUUGCUCAGUGAGGGUAGCUGGUGCAGAAUCCGUUUUUUAAACUUAGGUGUUUAAGUACUCAAAGAAAAGACAGCUUUGAUUUCUGGCUGCAAAAAAGAUAUGAGGAAGAGCUCCUCCCCUUCCUUGAGUAACUGCAACUCCGUUCUUGCUAACAAAAUAUUUGGAAUUCCACUUGAUGAGCUGCAGCAGGGAGGACAUCCAGACAAUGAGGUUCCGUUCAUAGUCCGCCACGUUGUGGACUAUAUUGAGGAACAUGGAGGUCUGGAGCAACAAGGACUUUUUCAAGUCAAUGGGAAUGCUGAGACAGUGGAGUGGCUUCGGCAGAGAUACGAUAGUGGAGAAGAGGUGGAUUUGGUUAAGGAAGCAGAUGUUCCCUCAGCUAUUAGUCUUCUUAGGUUUUUCCUUCAAGAACUUCCUGAACCUGUUAUCCCUGGCAGUUUGCAUAUUCACCUGAUGCAGCUUUCUCAAGAUUAUAAUAACGAAGAUGAAUUUGGAAGAAAGUUGAGGUUCCUCUUGCAACAGCUUCCACCUGUUAAUUACAGUUUGUUAAAGUUUCUGUGUAGAUUUUUAGCCAAUGUAGCUUCACAUCAUGAAGAAAUUUGGUCUGCAAACUCUUUGGCUGCUGUCUUUGGUCCAGAUGUCUUCCACAUUUACACAGAUGUGGAAGAUCUGAAAGAGCAAGAAGUAGUGAGCAGGAUAAUGGCUGGACUUCUGGAAAAUUACUAUGAGUUUUUUGAGAAUGAAGAGGAAGAUUUUUCAUCGAAUGACUUGAGUUCAAUUACUGAACAGGUCAAUGAACUUUCUGAGGAAGAAGAGGAAGAUGAAAAGCUGGAACAUAUAGAAGAACUUCCAGAAGAGGGUGCAGAAAAAUCAACUGACAUGCCAGAGGUGGUACAAUUAAGGAUGACUGAAAACAUCCUGGAACCAAAUAAUGUUACAGCAUCAACAAGUGCCCAUAUAUCUCCCAUCAGCAUCUUACCAGCCUCUGCAGACAUUUUAGAAAGAACAAUUAGAGCUGCUGUGGAACAGCACCUUUUUGAUCUGCAGAGCAGCAUAGAUCAUGAUCUUAAGAAUUUACAACAGCAAAGUCUGGUGUGUAAUAAUGAAGCAGGAAGUAUUAGUUGUGAUGGAGAAGGAUCUAAUAACCAGGUUGAUAUUGCUGAUGAUGUUAUUAAUGCCAGUGAAAGUAACAGAGACUGUUCAGAACCUGUGGCUAGCACUAAUUUAGACAAUGAAGUUAUGCAGCAAGAUUUUGUAUUUGAGGAUGAAGAAAAUAACCAGUCUGUAGGUGUACUGUUAGAGCCAUGCGGUGACCAUGGUGAUAGUGAAGAUGGCUUUCUUGAGAGGAAAGAGUAUUUGUCAUUUGACAGUGAUAAAUUGUCACACUUGAUUCUGGAUUCUAGUAGCAAGAUAUGUGAUUUGAAUGCCAAUACUGAAUCAGAAGUCCCAGGAGAUCAAAGUGUUGGUGUUCAAGGAGAAGCAGCAUGUGUUCAAAUUCCAUAUUUAGAUCUGAAGAAUGUUUCUGAUGGUGAUAAAUGGGAAGAGCCAUUUCCUGCUUUUAAGUCUUGGCAGGAAGACUCUGAGUCUGGAGAAGCUCAGCUCUCUCCACAAGCUGGAAGAAUGAAUCAUCACCCCCUGGAAGAGGACUGUCCUCCAGUAUUAUCACAUCGUAGUUUAGAUUUUGGGCAAAGCCAGCGUUUCCUACAUGAUCCAGAAACGUUGGAUUCCUCAUCUAAAGCACUUUCUUUUGCUAGGAUUCGAAGAGCAUCCUUUAGUUCAAAAGAUGAAAAAAGAGAAGAUAGAACACCAUAUCAGUUGGUCAAAAAACUUCAGAAAAAAAUCAGACAAUUUGAGGAACAGUUUGAAAGGGAAAGGAAUAGCAAGCCUUCCUACAGUGAUAUUGCAGCCAAUCCAAAGGUAUUAAAAUGGAUGACAGAACUUACCAAAUUGCGGAAGCAAAUUAAAGAUGCAAAACACAAAAACUCUGAUGGAGAAUUUGUACCUCAGACACGUCCACGUAGUAACACUCUUCCAAAAAGCUUUGGCUCUUCUCUUGACCACGAAGAUGAAGAGAAUGAAGAUGAAUCCAGGGUUAUUCAGAAGGAAAAGAAGCCAUCCAAGGAAGCAACACUUGAACUUAUUCUUAAACGACUGAAAGAAAAACGUGUUGAAAGAUGUCUUCCAGACGAUAUCAAAAAAAUGACAAAAGAUCAUUUGGUAGAAGAGAAAACUUCGCUCCAGAAAAGUCUUCUUUACUAUGAAAGUCAACAUGGAAAGCCGGUGACCAGGGAAGAAAGGCACAUUGUUAAACCUCUCUAUGACAGAUACAGACUUGUGAAACAGAUGUUGACAAGAGCCAGCAUCACUCCUAUCCUUGGGUCUCCAUCUACCAAGCGAAGGGGUCAGAUGUUACAGCCAAUUAUAGAAGGAGAAACUGCACACUUUUUUGAAGAAAUCAAGGAAGAAGAAGAAGAUGGUAUUAGUCUGUCCUCUGAGUUAACUGAUAUCUUGAAAACUGCUGUACAGGCACAGUCUUCAUUGGAGAACUCAGAAUCUGAUGUUGAAGAAAAUCAAGAAAAACUGGCUCUGGAUCAUCGAUUGUCAAGUACUCGAGCAGCUUCUAUGCCUGAGUUACUGGAACAACUUUGGAAAGCCAGAGCUGAAAAAAAGAAACUACGUAAAACAUUACGGGAAUUUGAAGAAGCAUUUUAUCAACAAAAUGGAAGGAAUGCCCAGAAAGAGGAUCGAGUUCCAGUGCUUGAGGAGUACAGGGAGUACAAGAAAAUUAAAGCCAAGCUUAGGCUUCUUGAAGUUCUUAUCAGCAAACAAGAUUCUUCAAAAUCCAUAUAAAUUAUGCUCCUUGAAAACAGCAUAAAAUCAGUUGUAUUCCCUGAAGCUGUCAUCGUGUGUACUUGGCUGGUUCUUGAGUUCAUGUUGUCAGGCACUCAGAGCGUCUCAUUUUGUAACUUGGUUGUGGUGCCACUAGAGAGAUGAUGGGGGAGGUGGCAGACCCUCUCUAGGGAGCACAGUGUUCCAUAUUAACCACAGACUGUCCUCUUUAGCAAACAUCCAGUUUUCUUCAUUGUUUUGUACUACAGAUAAAUCCAUCCUGUUAGCAAAAGACUAGUAUUUUAUCCUUUCAACUUCAAGAACUUUGGAAAUACAAGCUUUUUGUUACUACCAAGUUUAUUAUUUUUUUCAUUAUUGAAGAAAAUUGAGAGGAAAAUCUUCACAUUGAAUUCUUCACUUGCCUUUUUCUUACAGAAUGACUGAAAAUUUGAAAGAAAAGCCUAUAAAUGUGCACAUAUGCAACUGUGUUCUAUGUUUUCCUAGAAAACCAAAAUCAACUGAAAUUUCAAGUCCUGUGGAACACAUUUCUGUUUAAUUCCCAAAGUGACACUUUUUCACAGGUAGUAUGUUAGCAAAAUUUUGCAAUUCAGUGGUCACACAGCUCCUGGAUGAAGAUAACAGAGGGUAGACCAAAAAGUGACCUUGCUUAUUAUAGGAUAGUGAAAACACAUCACACAUCACACACAGAACUGAAUCAUAUCACAUGCUGCCUAUGGGACUUAAGUUACUGUUUUUUUCCUCAGUUAACUGUUUAUCAGCUAGUGGUGAUGUGAUUUGUCUGGAUCAGAUCCUACAUGCUCCCCACCCCCCACCACCUUCAGAUAAUGUGAGCAAAUAGCCAUGUCAGUAUGUAGGAAUUCAGAUGGUGCUCAGAUUUGUGUGUUCAAACAAAUGGGCCUAAAUUGGCAAAAGAAUCAUAAUGCCUGAAGUAAAUCUGUUCUUAACAAGGGCUAUACCACUGCAUUUUUACAUGUACCUUUGGGGGGUUGUAUCCUUUUUUCCCCUCUUAAUCAGCAAAAUCCAUAAAGAAAACAUACUCUAAAGGGACCACCUUUUGCUCAGUCACAUGCUGUUUAAACAGCUGGUUGGUUACAAGAUGUGUAGUGGCAUGCCCCUUGUCAUAUACUCUAAGCAUAUCUUUUCUUUGGCUUUCCAUAGCUUUUCUUCAGGUACUCUCCUUGUAUCAUUCUGCUAAUCAUUUUCACAGGAUAGUGACUUUAUUUGUGCUAAAAAUAUAACAGUCAUUAAUAGCAUAUUCCGGUCAGGCUUAAUCUAAAGUGUUAAUUUUUUUCUUAGUGCUUUUUUGGAUUGAUGAGUGUCUCACUUUGAUUGUGCCCAUGUUUUGCAUGCAGUGACUCAUGCAUGGUUUUCUUAACUAGGUAAUAUUAACAAUUUGUUCCAUAUGAAAAUGGACUUUUGCAACAUCCUUUAAUAAGAUGAGGGAAGCAUGAACCUCAGACUUCUGGCACUAUUACAUAGUAAGCACAUGAAGUAGCUUGAUAAUACGUAGCGUUUUUAGUACUCACAUUUCACCUGUGUGUGCAAUGCCUUGUUUGCAGGGAGGGAACAUUCAUUGGUAGUGAACAUGUAGUUGGGGAAUAAAGCACUAAAUCCAGCCCUUUUCGUGUGGUUUCCUUUUGAUACAGCUAGGUUAUUCAUAAUGUAUACCUAGAAAAGUGAAAUUGAAAAUGCCAAAAGAUCACUUUGAUUUGAAUCCAUCAUGCAGUGUACAUUUAAUUAAUUUCUUUCAGUCUCCAGACAGGAGUAUAUCCAAACAUCUAAUUUAACGUGCACUGUGUAUUGUUUUAUAUGAAUGUUUUAUUUUAUAUACCACAUGCAAAAAUGUCCAUAUGCACUAUUUAAAUGUUUUAAAUAAUAUAUUCCUUCUUUAUAAUGCUAAAUCUAUAUGAGUACCAUAUUUUUAUAAGUCAGUGGCCUGACUGGUUUCAUUUUAGAAUUAACAGCUGCUUCAUGAUGUUGGUUAUUCACUGUUAAUGUUUGGCUGCAAGUAGAGUAGAUAAAAGUGGCAUGGCAGCACUUAUGCUAUGUGACAGUAUUGUGUGUCGUAGUUGAGCAGUAGGUGGUAGAAAUAGGCAGUCUGUGAUAGUUUUACUUUGGUAUAAGUAAAAACUGUAUAUCUAUAUACAAAUAAUAUAUAGAUAUAUAUGACCACCGGUAUAAUUGCAUUGCUGUGUCUGGCACUUCAUUGUAUAGACUUUUGUAAUAAAAGAACUUUAAUGUUCUAAGUGAUUGUAAA